AUGAUCAACGCAUUUCUGGUCUUCAAUGGCCAAGGUCAGCCCCGUCUGACCAAGUUCUACACUCAGCUGGAAACGAGCAUACAACAGCGCCUCAUAUCCGAAAUCUUUACCCUCGUAUCGAACCGACCAGCCGGAUCUUGCAACUUCCUACCUCUCCCACCUAUGCUUGCCGCUUCCGGCACCUCUCACACGUCCUCCGAGGAGCAGAACGAUGUCCCUACACUCGUAACCUACCGCAACUAUGCGACUCUUUACUUUAUUGUUAUCUCCACCUCGACCGAAUCGCCUCUCGCAUUGAUCGACCUUAUUCAAGUUUACGUGGAGGCCCUCGAUAAGCUCUUUGAGAACGUCUGCGAGCUUGACCUAAUAUUUAACUUCGAAACUCUACAUUCUACGCUAUCGGAGAUGAUAAUAGGAGGUGUCGUAAUAGAGACAAAUCUGGAUCGCAUUGUCUCGGGGGUCAAGGCGCAAGGAACAGUUGCAAAGAGACCUGUCAAUGAAGGCAGAGGGCCCACUGGUCUGGGAAGUGGACUUGGUAUGGGCGCCAACUUUGCUUGGUCGGGACGAUAA